UGCUGAGCUUCUCUCUCCGGCUCUGUUCUUCUCCUCUCCGGUCUCCGCAGGAGGAUGAUGAUGGUGCUCGGUACCCGGUGCCCGCUUCUACCGCUUCUGUGCCUCAUACAAACCGGCCUCCUCUUAUCAGGGACCGAUGGCUUCAGCUUCCCGCAGCAGCACACGAUGCAAUUCUGGGCAAAAAGGCUGGAACAUGAGUUCGAACAGGUUAUGAGAAACUUCGGUGGGGUCCAGCAGCUCCGAGGGCUCUAUAGAGAUAAGCGGAACCUGUUUCAAGUGGAGGAGAAUGUCCCGCGCAAACUGGUGGAGAAAGUAGCAGGUGACAUCGAGACCCUCCUUGCAAAGAAAGUGCGAGCUCUGAAGAGAUUGGCUGACGCCGCAGAGAAGUUUCAGAAAGCCCACCGCUGGCAGGACAACAUCAGGGAAGAAGACAUUGAAUAUUAUGACUCCAAAGCAGACACUGAAUAUGACGACCCGGAGGGGGAGGAGGAAACCAGAGAGAUCACACACUCUCUAAAACUGGAUUUCACGGAUGAUCCAAACUUCAGGACAAAAGUGAAUUACUCAUAUACAGCUGUACAGAUCCCAACGGACAUCUACAAAGGCUCUACGGUCAUUCUGAAUGAGCUGAACUGGACAGAUGCCUUAGAAGAUGUCUUCAUCCAGAACCGGCAAGAAGAUCCAACAUUGCUGUGGCAGGUGUUUGGCAGCGCCACUGGUGUCACUCGAUAUUACCCAGCAACUCCCUGGAGAGCACCAAGCAAAAUCGACCUCUAUGAUGUGCGAAGAAGACCAUGGUAUAUACAAGGAGCAUCUUCCCCCAAAGAUAUGGUGAUCAUUGUCGAUGUCAGUGGCAGUGUGAGCGGUCUGACCCUGAAACUCAUGAAGACAUCUGUCAUGGAGAUGUUGGACACUCUGUCUGAUGACGACUAUGUGACUGUUGCCUCUUUCCAUGAGAAGGCGGAACCCGUGUCCUGCUUUCGCCAGCUGGUUCAGGCCAACGUGAGGAAUAAGAAAGUUAUAAAAGAAGCUGUACAAGAUAUGGUGGCCAGAGGAACAACCGAUUACAAGGCUGGGUUUGAGUAUGCCUUCAGCCAGCUACAAAAUACCAAUGUAACUCGUGCUAACUGUAACAAGAUGAUCAUGAUGUUUACAGACGGUGGGGAGGACCGAGUGCAAGAUGUCUUUGAGAAAUACAACUGGCCGAACAAAACAGUACGAGUUUUCACAUUCUCAGUUGGGCAGCAUAAUUACGAUGUUACUCCACUGCAAUGGAUGGCUUGUGCCAACAAAGGUUAUUAUUUUGAAAUCCCAUCUAUCGGCGCGAUUCGCAUAAAUACCCAGGAGUACCUUGAUGUUCUCGGCCGUCCUAUGGUUCUAGCUGGAAAUGAAGCCAAACAGGUUCAAUGGACGAAUGUUUAUCAGGAUGCUCUGGGUCUUGGAUUGGUGGUUACAGGGACACUGCCUGUGUUUAACCUGACUGAGGACCCUGGGAGUGGGAAGAACCAGCUGAUUCUCGGUGUGAUGGGCAUUGAUGUUGCUUUGGAUGAUAUACACAGAUUGAUGCCACGAUACAGCCUGGGGGCCAACGGCUACAUGUUUGCCAUUGAUCUGAAUGGAUAUGUCCUACUACAUCCCAACCUGAAGCCACAAAUUAUUAAUUUCCAGGAACCUGUCACGCUGGACUUUCUGGAUGCUGAACUGGAAGAUGAAAAUAAGGAGGAGAUACGUAGGAAUAUGAUUGAUGGGAAGGGGGGCCACCAAUUAAUCCGAACCUUGGUGAAAUCACUAGACGAGAGAUAUAUUGAUGAAGCUGAAAGAACUUACACUUGGGCUCCAAUACACAGUACAAAUUACAGCCUGGGUCUGGUGUUACCUCUGUACAGCUCCUAUUACCUUCGUGCUAAUCUGAGUGAUCAGAUCCUACAGGUGCAGUAUCUAAAGAAAACUAAGGAUUUUGAGUCUUUGAUGCCCAACCACUUUGAGUCUGAUGGUCGGGUUUUCCUUGCUCCAAGGAAGUACUGUCGGGACCUGGAACAAUCUGAGAACAACACAGAGUUCCUACUGAAUUUCAUCUCAUUGAUGGAGAAAGUGACACCAGACUCUAAGCUGUGUGACAGUUUUCUCUUACACAACCUUAUUUUGGACACUGGGAUCACCCGUGAUCUGGCAGACCGUGCUUGGAAAGACAAAGACUUACUAACGCACGGCCUUCUUGCUGUCUUCGCUGCCACGGAUGGAGGGAUUACCAGAGUGUUCCCCAACAAAGCUGCUGACGAUUGGAUGGAGGACAUGGAGCCACACAACUCCACUUACUACCGACGCAGCCUGGACAAUAAGGGCUACAUCUUCCGAGCACCCUAUAGGGAGUCUGGAUAUCACCCUACAGAGCUUGAGAACAACACGGUUGGAAUCCUGGUGAGCACCGCCGUGGAGAUUGAGAUUGAAGGCAAGAGGCUGAAACCAGCAGUUGUUGGAGUGAAGUUAGACCUUGAAUCGUGGGUAGAAAAAUUCAAAGUCCUGGCAAGUAACCAGUCCGUGAACAACCCACAAGGACCACGUAAGUGCAGCCCCACUGCUAGCUGUGAGAUGGACUGUGAUGUCAACAACGAGGACCUACUGUGUGUGCUGAUCGAUGAUGGAGGAUUCCUCGUCAUGUCCAACCAACAGGACCAAUGGAGCCAGGUGGGGAAGUUCUUCAGUGAAGUUGACCCUAACCUCAUGUCUGCUCUGUAUAAUAAUUCCUUCUUCGCACGAAAAGAGUCCUACGAUUAUCAGUCUGUUUGUGCACCUAAAACUGAAAGCAACAAGGGAGCAGCCCCUCGUGGCAUCUUUGUGCCAACCAUUGCAGAUAUUCUGAAUCUGGCCUGGCUAUCUUCAGCAGCAGCCUGGUCUUUGUUCCAGCAUCUCCUCUUGAGUUUCACCUACGGCAGCUGGAUGCAGGCAGAUGAUGUCACAGCGGAGAACAUGGAGCCCAGAGAAGCUAGCUGCAUCAUGAAGCAGACACAGUAUUAUUUCAGCACCAUCAACUCCACGUACUCUGCCGUCAUUGACUGCGGACCUUGCUCUCGGUAUUUUCACGCUCAGAGAAUCUCAAACACCAAUCUGCUCUUUGUGGUGGCUGAAAAGAUGCUCUGCAGUCAGUGCGAUUCCAUGAAGCUGGACCAAGCAGAGACACGAUCCGAAGGACCUGAACAGUGUGAGCUGGUGCAGAUGCCUCGUUAUCGCAAAGGUCCUCAUGUCUGCUUUGAUUACAACGUCAUGGAGGAUACGUCAGACUGUGGCAGAGGCAACCUCUUCCGGCCGUCGUGGCUCUUGUUGGCGCUACUUCAGGUGUUGCUUCUCUGUGUCAUCCCCAGCUUUUCCAAUUCCACCUCCAAUCGGGGCCUCUAGACCUGCCCUAAUCCCCUCCCACCUUCCUGAGGCCACUUCUUGUUGCCUGAUGUGGUUACCAUGACAACCAGGCAAGCGCCUCUUCCGCGCGUUGGGCUGAGUUACCACGACAACCACCACUUAUUUUGGAUGAUUUUACCGUGACAACAAGGAGACCUUUCAAUGCCACAUAUAGCUAUCAUGUCAAUCAGGACAACUACAUCGAGGAUAGUGGGAGUAAUUACCAUGGCAAUGAGACGAACUUCCUGUUCUCUAGCCAUUGUAACAAAAGGCAAUUCUGAGAACUUCCUGUUAAUUGUCUGUCUCCAUGGUACCUGUGCAUUGCCCUGAAAUUCUGUGUGGUAACACCUGGUCUCCAAGGUGGGGUCAAAGAACUCACUGUGACCCUUUGCUAUCUUACCUAAAAUAUGUAGGGGGACCCCUUCCCUGUUGUUUUUUUACCGCUUGGGAAACAGGGGUAACACGGUAAUGACAUCACACAUAUACAUCCUCAUGUCAUCAUGUAAUUGUCAUAUUGCUUACCUUAGAAAUUGGGCUUCUUAUCUUGGAAUGUGCGCUUGGCCAAAGUCACCAGGAAGGUGACAGAGAGACACUGUUACAGCAAAUCAUAUCUAUAUGCUGGGCAACACAUUGUUGAGCAGAGUUCGAGUCCGUUUUCCGUACAGAGCGUAGUUCUCCCGUGCAGUGUGCCAGUUCACAGCUUCAGCUGUGUGUUCUAAGUGUUUCAUAUCACUUCUCCAUAUUUCUGUGUUCUGUGCUGUGUUUUUUGAUCACACUGCACAGCAUCCCGGAGCAGAGGCUUGCUCUGCACACAUAUAGGUGUCCACGUCUCUGCAGGGGCUGUAUCCGCAUAGGCCACCAGUAGCCUCCUCAUCAAAUGGUAUUAUACCAAAGAAACAGGUCUGUGACUUCUCCUACCAGAUCUACACGGCCAACAGUGGGGACUCUGGAGUGCAGUAUACCGCCGUAUACAUUUUCAUAGAGAGUCUGCAAGUGGUAUGCAGAAUAAAUGACCCGUCUGCCUUCUCCAAAAUAGCAACACAAUUCAUAGUCCAACCCGAUUUUAAGGCAGCGCAGCCCUCUGCAGACCAAUUUGUGUGAAAAUGACUUGUCUGGAUUACUGUUUGUGCUUUCACGCAUCCAAGACACUGCAAUGCUGAAAACGCGUUGGAUGCUGGUUGUAGCAAGACUGCAGCUCCAAUUACCCUUAGCCAGUGGUUAUGGAUAUGUAGCCUAGCAAAGGCCGUAUGGUCCCAGUUGGCAUAUCCUCUCUCCAUAGACUAACUUUAUUGUCAAUCCAAAUCAUAUGUUAGGUGAUGCUAUAUAGAAUAUAAUUAUUUCUGAGAACCUUUCCUAGAACAGAGCACAAUCACGUCUAAGCAAAGGGAUGAUCCAGCCCACAGAAGCACAUAGGAUUCAGCACUCAGCAAACAUACAAAUGUUUUCUCCCUGCUCUUCCCGAUUUACCCCACAAAAGCACAAUAUCGAUAUUGCUGCUGCACUGCGUUCCGAUCAGCGCUGAUCAAUGAAUGAUUGACCUAAGGCUCUGCUUUAUGAGUCCAGCGCACAGAAUCCUAAAUGCACCUGUUCUCCUUGUAAAAAAAGGAAUAAUCCAGCAUGUCAGCAUCUAGUAUCCUAAAUGAUUUACAUAACCCCAUCAGAUUAUUAUUUUCGUCAGCCCAAAUAUCUCCUUCUGCUCAUUGUAACUCAUACUGUUUGGUUCCAUAAGCCUUUUUACUGCCCCUUUCAGCCUAAAAACCCACCCUGUUACUUAAAAUAUUUUUUUCUACUACUUUAAAUAUCACAUUAUCACUAUUGCUUUUACUGUUUUUGUCGUAUUUUCCUGCAGUGAUAUCAUAUCUGCGUCCAUCCACCUAAAGCUCCCUUUUAAAUAA